AUGCCGAGAAAAUCGCCUGGAAAUAAUACAGCAGUAAAUACCAGAAAGUCUAAUGUGACCGGGACCACCACCACCACCACCACCACCACCACCGACAACAACAACAACAACGUGACUGGAGAAGGUUCUUGCAGUGGAGGCAACAAGGUUCACAGCAAGGCUAGAAUCGUUAAGGACGGAUGGGGUAGUCGUGCCAACUUCCAAGCUUCAUUUGGACUGUGUAUGGGCCCCGACAGUCUUGAAGAGGGGAAUCGUAUUUUGGACGCUUUCCAAAAGCAUGACAAAGAGAAUGAACAUGCCUAA